AGCUCUUUUGUGGCCCAGAAUCAGAUUUGAUUUUUUUUUGUUAUUAUUAUUAUUUUAAAUAGCAAUCAACUACUGUCUGAAGUCUGAACGUGUGUUUCAUAAAUAACCUCCGAUUAAAAAUUGGAAACGAUAAAACCUUUUCAUUCGUGCAGCUGUGCUUCGUUGUCUACUUGUCUUGUUCGUCCCCAGUUUCCUCAAUCGAACAUUAUCAACUUGCCUUUUUAAUUUCCAGAGAAUAAUCCUUUACGGUUUUCGAUUUUCUCCACAGUUUGGAAUCUCUGAUUGUUGUUAGCUCGAAUUUCUCCGCCGGCGACUUUUCCCGAUCAAGUUUGAUUCUGAGAAUUCGCCAAUAGGUGGAGGGAGCAACAUUUUCACCACCAGCACCUUCUAAACAAGUCAUUGUGUUUUGGUUACAAAUCCUAUGGCUACGGGUCAAAGCCGCAUAGAGCCCUAUCGAACUAAGUCUUUUAGUAGGGAGAGCAGUCUGAGCUCUUCUUUAAGCUUAUCACGUAGUUUGCCUCACCUGAUUGACAAUGACGUCGAUGGUGAGAGUGUCUCUGAGGCAGGGGAUAUUGGGGAUCGCUCACUUCGGAGAAGGCAUAGUGCUGGUAGAAGCAGCCGUUUGUCUGCUGAUGAUUUGAUUGAACAAGGGACCCUUGAUACUUCUCGUCAAGAACAAGAUGUAUUACAUGAUCUUCGAGCUUUUAACACAGAUUUUGUAGUCAAACCUUUGCCUGAGAACAUAACACCAUCUCCUUUACCUACCAAGUCUCUCUUGUCCCCUCCUGAGGAAAUCGACCGGGGAAAGGAGGAAGAGUACGUGUUACCAAAGUCCUUGGAAUACAUUUCAUGCCUAAUUCACUUGGCUGUUUUUGGGAUUUUUGGGGCCAUUACGAGAUAUCUGCUGCAGAAGUUGUUUGGACCAACUGGUGCUCGAGUAACAAGUGAUGGGAGCAUCUUGUACCUUGAUCUUCCCUCCAACAUGGUAGGUUCAUUCUUGAUGGGUUGGUUUGGCGUCGUAUUCAAAGCAGAUAUAGCAAGAGUUUCUGAAUUUGUGGCGAUAGGAUUAUCGACUGGUUAUUUGGGUAGCCUGACAACAUUCAGCGGUUGGAACCAGAAAAUGCUGGAUCUUAGUGCUGAUGGUCAAUGGGUAUUUGCCGUGCUUGGCUUUCUUUUAGGAUUGUUUCUCACGUCAUACUCUAUAAUUCUGGGAGUGGAAACGGCCAAAGGGUUUAAAUGGCUUCUUCAUAGAAGAGCUUCUUCUGAGGAAAAAAACCCUUGCCUUAAGGUUAACACCUUCCAGAGCCAUAUCGUGUCCCUGACUCUUAUGCUUGUGUUGCUUGUGGCUUUACUCACAGCAAGUUCCAUUCUGCUUGUGAAAGAAUUUGACAAAGGAACAAGCGAGGCUCAGCUAUGGUUAGGUUGCUUAGUUGCAGCCCCUGGUGUCUGGCUCAGAUGGUUCUUAGCCCGGCUCAAUGGACGUGGACUGGGAAAAGAUGGACAACACUUGAGGUGGGUCCCAUUUGGCACCCUCAUUGCAAAUGUAGCUGCAGCUUGCGUUAUGGCAGCAUUGGCCACUUUAAAGAAAUCGGUGAACACGAGAACAUGUAACACAGUUGCUUCGAGCAUACAGUUUGGUCUGUUGGGAUGUCUGAGCACAGUUUCGACCUUAAUGGCUGAGUUCAAUGCGAUGAGAGAAAGUGAUUACCCAUGGAGAGCCUAUGCGUAUGCAUCUUUUACCAUUGCAGUUUCUUUUGCGAUUGGAACUGUUAUAUACUCAGUCCCUGUCUGGACAGUAGGAUUCAGUUAGUUGUAUCAAAGUCUUUUGCAGAUGAUGUGUAGAUACAUAAUUGUAACAAUUGGUAGAGAUGUAUGAUUAAAUCGGUCACAAUCAAAUUAUACCUUGUGCUGAAGUAUUAAGAGCAAACUUUUUAUACUAUAAUGGUAACUUUUUUCUGUUUAACACAAAAUAAGAUGAUUCUAUAUUACACACUGAAAAGUAGUACUGCUGAAAA